AUUUAAUUCUAAUUCAUGUGUUGUGGAGAUAAUGAAAAUAAAAGCCCUUAAAAAUAAGCUUUAAAGACUAAAUAAAACUAGCAGGGAUAGAAAAAGGAUGUAAAGGUUGUUAUGCUGGGAGAUAAAGCUGUAGGUAAAAGUUCUUUAGCCUCAAGAUUUUGUUUUGAUAAGGUAAGAGGAUUCAUAUUAAUAUAGUUUUAAUCUGAGUAUGAAAUAACAAUUGGUGGAGUUUAUAAUAGUGUUGAUAUGGCUGUUAAAGGUAAGAUUUGGCUCUUUUAAUUUUUAGGAUAACAAUUAAAAAUUCAUUUGUGGGAUACAGCAGGAGAGGAAAAAUUUAAAUCUCUUUUAUCAUUAUAUUAUAGAGAUGCUAAUGCUGCAAUUAUUGUUUAUGAUAUUACUUAAAUAGAAACAUUUAAUUCAAUAUAAGGAUGGCUUACAGAAUUGGAUGAUAAAAUAUAGAAAGAUGGUUGUUAAUAUUAUUAUUAAAAGGCAUGGUAUUGGCAUUAGUCGGAAAUAAAUGUGACUGUUUAGAAUCUGAUAGAAAAGUACCAAAAUAAAAGGCCUCUGAAUUUGCCAAAACUCAUGGAAUGAUUUUUUAUGAAACAUCUGCAAAAACAGGAGAAGGAGUUAAACCAAUGUUUACAUAAUUGAUAGAGUAAUAUGCCUAAGAUAAAUUAUGA